GCGUUUGACGCGCGCGGGGACGGCGUCGAGCUUCGCAUGCUCACUGCGGAACAAUUCCUCAGUAGAACGAACGGCUACCGCGUCACUGGCUGCCUUCCUGUCGUCGACAGUUCCUUGGAGCUCACCAAGCCGUUGGUGAAAUUCAGCAGCCCGGCGGACCAACUUCCAGGUGUUGUUAAGGAGUACARGGAAGCCUUCUUGAGGCUGCCUCUGGACCAGCAAGCUGACUGCGCUUUCGUGCCCUUUGUCAUGAGCUCGAGAAAAUCGCGACAUACGCCAUCCGCACCGGUUGGGAAGAGGAAACAGUUGGCUGCUUGUCCAGCUCCGCCUUUGCCAGGCGCGYCGCCCUCSCCCUUGCCCGCGGUGAGGGGAGGUCACGAUCUCGCUCAAUGUUAUAGCGAGGCUACGGAGUACGAUGACAAACUUCUGUAYGGACGCAAUGCUGCGCGCGACAGURUCCAGGAAGGUGUGACUGCCCUGAUUGAGCAAAACGAGGAUGAAGAAGAUGGGGGAAGUUGYGGUCCACGUGAAGACGGCGGUGAUGACGAGUACAUGGACGUUGGGGAUGAGAACAUGCAGGACCAGAACAUGUUUGGCGAUGACGACGUCGGUAUCACGUCAGAGCAUGGCCUUGGCGACAUCCCCGCCAGUUCUAUGGGGCCGGUUGUUGGUCGGCACUUGCCGUCCCCUGCGAUAUGCCAUUCGCAAGGCGGGAGUCAGGGUGGGCAUGACUCGCAGGAGCACGGAGGAUCGAAGUCGAGGAAAAGGACAAGAGAAACUUCUCCUUCUGCUUCCGCUCACAAGAGACAAUCGAGGACUGACGCUGUAAAUGAGGCUCGUGGAGCUCUGAUAGCAUCCCAGGAGGCGAGACCUCCACGGAAGAGCAGCCAGGGGGGAAGAUCUGGCAGUCGUGGCRGCGACCGUGGUGGGGCAAGAAAAGGUAAGCAGAUAGUGAGGGCAGAAGAACUGCGGGUUUCGGGAGAUGAGGGCGAGGGAGUGGGCCCUCGCAUGCCCGACGAUGGUGAUGAACCGCUUCAGCACGCUACACCCAUCGACACGACGCGUUGUUUCUUCCUCGAGUACGACAAGCGGGGUUUUGCUAAGCAAAAAGUCCUCCCUGYUCUUGUGGACGUCAUGAAAAUCAAACGCAUUCCCCGCAGGAAUAUUCUUUUCAACCAUCGCUCUUUGUUUGCGAAUAUUGUGCGAGGCAUCGAGAAUGCCAUCAAGAAUUCCAUCACCACAGAACCGGGGGCGUGGGAUAGGCCUGAGCUCGUGCUUGCGCCGGUUGACCGCAACGAAAUCGUCGGCGGGCAGGGAAGGCGGAUAACACCGACCGAAUUCUUCGAAAGAGACUCCUCGGAGUUCGAUUG